CGCUGACUGUAGAGUUUUCGAUUGGGCUUAAACUCUUGUAAAUAAAAGGGAAUUGGAACUAAUUUCCCAUUUGCACGUCCAAACUUUAGUGGUUUUGGUAAAUGUCCAGUAUAUAGAAGUGUAAAACACAUAGGCGUUAAUUACUUCUGUGUAGUUGAAGAGAAUUCAUGCCCAAUGCUAAAAUGUUAAAGUCGACGGAUUUUACCGGCCUCCAUGCGGCAUUCUUGAAAUCUCUAAAGGACGCUUUUGAGAAGAAUGAUGUACAGAUAUUGAGAAAGUCCUACGACAGUUAUAGCAACAAUUCCGAUCAUGACAAGAAGUCUCCAAUGGACCAGGCAUUUCGUGAGAUACUCAUGUUCAAGCUCAGCAGUGAUGUCGACAUGAUAGGUAAAUUGGUAAAGCUCUCUGUGGAAGCCGUUCGGGCAGAGAUUGUCUCAGUCACUAUACCUGUGGUCCUAUUGGGCGACAUAUUCGAAACGGUUACCUUGGAUAAAUGCGAGAAAAUAUUUAAUUAUGUGGAGGAAAUGGUGGAAGUGUGGAAGGAGGAAAUUUUCUUCUCGUCCUGCAAAAAUAACAUUCUAAGAAUGUGCAAUGACUUGUUGCGAAGACUAAGCCGUGCCCAGAACACAGUCUUCUGCGGACGCAUAUUACUCUUUCUGUCCAAAUUCUUUCCCUUCUCGGAAAGGUCCGGCUUGAAUAUUGUGUCGGAAUUUAAUUUAGAAAAUGUCACAGACUAUGGGGUGGAUGGCAAAGAUUUGGACGACACGUUGGAGGACAUUGAAGACAUACCCAUUAAGAUUGAUUACAAUUUGUAUUGUAAAUUUUGGUCCUUGCAAGACUUCUUCCGCAAUCCCAAUCAAUGCUACAGCAAGGCGUCCUGGAAAAUGUUUCAAAUUCACGCCACCACAGUGUUGGAGUCAUUUGCCAGUUUCAAACUGGAAGAUCUGCGCUCUGCAUCGGCACAACUGGAGGACAACAACGAUGAUAUGAACGAUAAAAUGGAUGUGGAUAUAAACUACACAAUGGACUUGAAAAAUGAAAUUGACCAAUCGGUGCAAAAAGUGGACCAUUUCUUUGCCAAAUUCCUAACUAAUCCCAAGCUAUUGGCUCUACAAUUGUCGGAUGGCAAUUUUCGACGCGCUGUACUGGUACAAUUCCUUAUACUCUUUCAGUAUUUGCAGUUGACAGUGAAAUUUAAAGCGGAAUCAAAUACAUUGACGCAGGCCCAAUCUGAUUUCAUCAAAGAAACGGAAGCAAAAGUUUACCUACUUCUGGAAGAGACCCCACCCAAUGGAAAACGGUAUUCGCGUACGGUUAAACAUAUGCUGCAGCGCGAAGAAAUGUGGAACAAUUGGAAAAACGAUGGAUGCAAAGAGUUUAAGAAGCCGGAAGAAAUCACAUCUGACGAUAAACCACCUCCAGCCAAGCGAGAGCGCAAGACAUUGGGAGAGUCUCUAAAGGAAGCAAACAGGCAAGGGAAAUUCUUUUUGGGCAAUGAGGUGUUGACACGUCUCUGGAACUACUGUCCUGAUAAUUUACAAGCAUGUAAAAGCGAAGAGCGCAACUUCUUACCCCAGGUUGAGACAUAUCUAGAAAGUUCUCGCGACAAAAACGAUACAUCAUUCGAAUGGCGCGCAUUGCGUUUAUUGGCCCGACAGUCACCUCACUUCUUUACCUUCAUUAACUCGCCCUCCUACAAAACGUCCGACUAUUUAGACGCUGUGCGAAAACGUCUGACUAAAGAGCGUUUAGAUGCGGCCAAACAAGCGGCAGCGAUUUCGAAUGGAACCUCCACCGUCGUCUCUUCGGGAGAAAUUCAAGAAACUCUACAAGAACAGGAAACAGAACCUGAAGGCAACGACGAAGGUGUUCUCGAGGGCGAGGAGGAGACCACCGAUUUGGACAAGGCCGAAGAGGACAACAACACACACUCAAAACCCCUCACCGCAACCAGAGAACAAAUUGAAGAGUUGGCUCCCCUAAUUGGAGACGACUGGAAAAAACUUGGUAAGAAGCUGGGCUAUGCAGCAGAUGAAUUGCUUUACUUCGAAGAAAGUGCGGAGCGUGACGGAGGCUGUGUCUCAAUGUUGGUUAAUUGGUUUGCCGACGACGACGACGCCAGUCUCGACAAUUUGGCCUACACCAUGGAAGGUUUGGAAAUUAAUACCGCAGCCAAGGCUGUAAAAGCCAUAAUAGAACGUUCAGCUAAAUACGCUCAGAGAGAUGUGGACGAGGAGGAAAAAGUGGAAACACUGUAAAAUACAAUGAAUUAAAAGAAAACCACUCGAAAUAUUUCA